GUGAGGGCGGGGGGGAUACAGUGCUGGCUGCAUCAGACCAAGGAGGCACUGAGUACCAUGGGGAGGCUUUAGUAAUCCAUGGGAUUUAUUUAUUUAUUUUGGCCUUCGAUGAUGCAUCAGUUUGGUUCCUGGGCUUUUAGAAGAUUUGCCUUCUCUGACAGCUUCCCAAACUUCUGCAGUGAUUGGCUGCAUAAUCCUUUACAUGCCAACUCAAAACGAAGUUCCAUUGCAUCAAAUGGGUCUUGCUUCCAGAAAUCAGUGGAUAGGAUUUGCUACCUUAGACAUUGCCUGUGCAUGUCAAUCUCUUUGGGAAUCUGAGAUUCACUCUGUUGGUGCCUAGUUUCUGCAUCCCAUUCAGGUUAUCUGAUAUAUUUUUGGGUAGGAAUGUGGAAUUUACAGCCUGCAGGCCAAUCUUGGCCCACCUCCAGUGAGGUCAUUUCCCUCAGACCAUGCCCACCCACUAUCAGUUGACAUCACUGCUGAUGGAAGGAGAGAACAAAGCUCAUUUCUGCAUUGGUGGCAUACCCUAUUCCCAGUAGGGAACAGGACCACACAACCUAGGCAGCAAGAUUUAAUCCCUGCUUUUCAGCCUUUUAAAACCAGUGGUAUUGAUUAUUUAAAGGCAGAGCAUUGAGAGACUUACAUACCUGUGUGAGGGAUUUUAACAGGUGGAUGGGACAACCUACCUGUUAGUCAUGUGAUACUCUAUCACUUGUCUUUGAGGCCCAAUCGUCAUCAGGAUCUGUGCCUAGCCCUAUUUUUGGGAAACCUUAUUUUUCCAGGGCUGAAAAAGUGCUAGAGUUCUAUUCUGCAGGUGCUGCUUUGGUAUAGAAUAAGUAAAACAUUUCAAAUUCUUAUGUGUUGUAAGCACCUUUGUGCACCUUUAGGCACCUUUGUGGUCACUCAUCAAAUUUUUUUGUGUGUCCAGUCCUGUUGAUCUCAAUGGAUAAAAUGAAUAGAAGGCAGGAAUUCUUGAUUAUUCAGGGCUUGUGAAUUACCUCAACUUCAUAGCAAGCACUGACACAGAAGUGUAGGUUGAAGACUUCUCUUUGCAGUGCAUGGACGGAAAGCCAAUGCGCAGGUGUGCCAGUAAUCGAGCAGGCGAAACAGGAAUGGAUGUAACGAGCCGCUGCACUCUCGGAGAUCCCAACAAGCUCCCGGAAGGAGUGCCACAGCCUGCUCGCAUGCCUUACAUCUCAGACAAGCACCCCCGGCAAACACUGGAGGUCAUAAACCUGUUGCGGAAGCACCGGGAGCUGUGCGAUGUGGUGUUGGUCGUGGGGGCCAAGAAAAUCUAUGCCCACCGGGUGAUCCUCUCAGCUUGCAGCCCUUACUUCCGAGCAAUGUUCACAGGGGAGCUUGCAGAGAGCCGGCAAACUGAGGUGGUAAUAAGAGACAUUGAUGAAAGGGCCAUGGAGCUUCUGAUUGACUUUGCGUACACAUCCCAGAUCACAGUGGAAGAGGGCAACGUUCAGACGUUAUUGCCAGCUGCCUGCCUCCUCCAGCUAGCUGAGAUCCAAGAGGCCUGCUGUGAGUUCCUGAAAAGACAGUUGGAUCCUUCCAAUUGCCUUGGCAUCCGAGCAUUUGCUGAUACCCACUCCUGCAGAGAACUUCUGAGAAUUGCUGACAAAUUCACCCAACAUAACUUUCAAGAGGUGAUGGAAAGUGAGGAAUUCAUGCUGCUUCCAGCCAAUCAGCUAAUUGACAUCAUAUCCAGUGAUGAACUGAAUGUCCGGAGCGAAGAGCAGGUCUUCAAUGCAGUGAUGGCCUGGGUGAAAUACAGCAUUCAGGAAAGGCGCCCUCAGCUCCCCCAGGUAUUGCAACAUGUGCGUCUGCCACUGCUCAGCCCAAAGUUCCUGGUAGGCACAGUUGGUUCUGACCCGCUCAUUAAAAGUGAUGAAGAAUGCAGGGACCUAGUGGAUGAAGCUAAGAACUAUUUGCUAUUGCCCCAAGAGCGACCACUGAUGCAGGGACCAAGAACUCGACCACGCAAGCCUAUCCGCUGUGGCGAAGUACUCUUUGCAGUGGGUGGCUGGUGCAGCGGGGAUGCCAUUUCCAGUGUUGAGCGCUACGACCCUCAAACCAAUGAGUGGCGGAUGGUAGCCUCCAUGAGCAAAAGGCGGUGUGGUGUUGGAGUCAGUGUCUUGGAUGACCUUCUGUACGCAGUGGGAGGCCAUGAUGGUUCUUCCUAUCUUAACAGUGUGGAAAGAUACGACCCAAAGACUAAUCAGUGGAGCAGUGAUGUAGCGCCCACCAGCACCUGCAGAACCAGUGUCGGAGUGGCAGUUCUUGGUGGCUACCUGUAUGCUGUGGGUGGACAGGAUGGUGUCUCCUGUCUUAACAUUGUUGAAAGGUAUGACCCAAAGGAGAACAAAUGGACUCGAGUGGCAUCCAUGAGUACAAGGCGCCUUGGGGUGGCUGUGGCUGUGCUGGGUGGCUUCCUUUAUGCUGUUGGGGGCUCUGAUGGGACGUCACCUCUGAACACAGUGGAGCGCUACAACCCUCAGGAGAACCGCUGGCACACAAUAGCACCCAUGGGCACUCGACGUAAGCACCUAGGUUGUGCGGUAUAUCAAGACAUGAUCUACGCUGUGGGAGGCAGAGAUGACACAACUGAACUUAGCAGUGCUGAGCGAUACAACCCCAGAACGAACCAGUGGUCUCCUGUGGUAGCCAUGACGUCACGCCGUAGUGGGGUUGGCCUCGCUGUUGUGAAUGGACAGCUAAUGGCUGUAGGGGGCUUUGAUGGCACAACAUACUUGAAGACUAUUGAAGUGUUUGACCCAGAUGCCAACACAUGGAGACUGUAUGGAGGAAUGAACUAUCGUCGGCUUGGAGGUGGAGUGGGAGUUAUAAAAAUGACACACUGUGAAUCCCAUAUAUGGUAGAAAGCCAAUGGGAGAAAUCUCUCACUCCGAGUUCAUUCCUAUUGAAGCUGGUCAGCUUGGUGACUGCUGAGCUCUCUGAGGCUCUAGUAAAAUUGAGAUCACAUUUCUAUUAUUCGCUGGUGCCUCUUUCUAUGGGACUAUAAUGGAUGUUGCAAGCAUUUUCCCCUCCUCUACUAGUUACAGAAGACCAGACCAAGCAACCCCAGAAAUAUACCUGGAACACAUAGUUUUCAUUGUCUUUGUCUCCCCAUUCUAAUUUUACAAUCUUAAUGAAGAAACUGGAAUGUGAUGUUAUUCUAAGCAAUGAAGACCGCAAGCUGUAUACGAGUUCCAUCAAAGACAUGAGCCUAUUCAGAGGUAGGCAAUGCAUCUGCAUAGACCAGGCAUGGCCAGACUUGGCCCUCCAGAUGUUUUGGGACUACAAUUCCCAUCAUCCCUGACCACUGGUCCUGUUAGCUAGGGAUGAUGGGAGUUGUAGUCGUGGCCUUGUUUAAAGAGGAAGGCAAACGGGACCCAUAUGCUCCAUUUAAACGAAUUAGUUGCGUAUGAGCCCAUUCAUUUCAACAGGGCUUUGGCGGAAGAUGCUGCUGCUGCUUGAGUUUUACAUUGCAUUGGGGAAAAUUCUAUAUAUGCUGAAACCUGUUCCAUUUAAUUUCUACCAUAUUGUUGAUAUCAUGGUAAUGUGAUUUCCCCCCCAAGUAAAAUUCUGAUGCAGCUUUCUAAAUGAAGCUGUUUGUAAGCUUUGGCCUAGUUAAAAUCUUUGGAAGCAAAGGGCUAGCCAACAAAAGACCUCGGUGUUGCUGGCACUGUGGGUUAGUAAGAACAAAGAAUUUUUUAAAAAAAUAUGGUAGUGGAACAAGGAAUAGACACAUAAUAAUUUGAGCAAUCUACCAGGAAGUUCUCCAGCACAAGCCCCACUGAAGUCAAGGUGGGGCACAGCAAAAUUUGUGUGCUGCUUCUGUCCAUUUCUGUACGGGUUGUGGAGGAGAAUGUCUUGGCUCCCGUUGUAUACUUUAUGCUCCAGUUGCAUCUGUUUUGUAUUUCUCACUGUUUGUGCACUAGUAAUGUUAACUAGUGUGACUUUAAGUGCAUACACAAGCCUGAUUUGGAUUAAAGAAGAGUACUGUAUCAGAAAUAGGAUACCUAUUUUAUCUCAUAGUAAUAAUUUGUACUUCAGAGCCACACACUUGCCCUUAGUGAAAUGGUAUCUACAUCUAUCUAUAACGAUGCCUGUCUUGUCACUUUUGAAAGACAUGCUUAGAAUUAUAAGCAUUAUGAAUUUGUCUAAGCUGCCAUCUUUAUCCUUAAAGCAUAGUCCUCUCUAAAAACUCAGCUGUGUCACGGCUGUAGCUAAAUUAGUGGGCUGUAAGGAUGGAAACCUAUGUCACUGCAGUUCUUGGUUCUAGUCAACCCCAGCAAACAUGGUCAGUGAUGGCUGGAGCUAAAGAACAGUUAUGUAUAACUUGUGUCCUAUUCCUGUGGUGCCAAGAAAGCAGCAGAAAGGAGAGCUGAUCGUAGCAUCGGGUGUGGCAAGUUGCAAGGAAUGCCAAUAAAACUAAGUUUUACUGACAUUUCCUUUAAAAAGUAGCUUUAUUUGUAAACUUCAACAUCUUCAAUGUCUUUGGGUGGGUGGGGAACUUAACACAAGUGGAUUUUCAAGAAAGGGGAAAACCCUUCUUGGCCUGAGAGAUGGCAUUCUUGUGUUUACAUUUUGAACAUUUGCACCUUUACAAAGAAAAAGUAUUCUGUAAACAAAUGUUUACAUAUCAUUUGUGCUUUUUCUAGCAUGAGUUUAUUUGUAUAAAUAGUGUUACCUUAAUAAAAUCAUUUGGUGUUUUCUCAUGACUUAACUGAA